GCGGCGGCUGCCCCGCGGGGGGACCCCGCGCUCCGGUGCCCGCAGCCGCCCGGCGAGGGAAGAGCUGCCGGGCUGCGCUGCGGAGCCGCACCGAGUUCAGAGUCUCUCCGCGCAACUUGGGUUACGCGGCCGGACCUCUGCGGACUGGUGCGGGGCUUCCAGGGCGCGAUUGCCUUUCCAUCGUCUCGCGGCUGCAAAAGCAGAUAAUUGACUAAACCCAACAGAAAUAAAACAAACUCAGGCUACCUAAAAGUUAGGAUACCUUUUCUUUUUCCCCCUUUCUUUUGCAAUUUUAUUCCCUAUGUGGAAGUCGAGUGUGAUUCGUGCUCGGCACACUGCAUGGGAAGAAGCGGCUGGUGCUUUGGAUCGAGGAUUUGCUGUUGCAAAGCGAUCUAACUUCCAUGCACUGGGGCAGCCUUCGGUACUCUAAAACGCCUUGAUGAUGUGCUGAGGAGCCCAUGUAGAUUGGCAUCUUGUGCAGAGAAGGCACUGAAGGCAAAGGAGGGGAGAAGAUGUUCAAGUUUAUUGAACCGAAGCAGAGCAGAGGACAGUAGAUACUAUCAGCUCACCCUUGCAUUCUUUUUGUGCUCUGAUAUAUUCUGGCAUAGAGAACUGAGCCGCAAAGAGCACCUUCUUCAAGCCAUACUGAAGGGAAGCCUAAAGACAACAAAAAGAUUUAAGUGAAAGAUAAAUUUUAACUUUGUGCUGGUCUGCAGUGGAAGUAGCAUUGAUCCGCUAGAUUGCACAGGUCAAAAGAGCUACUCCUGGUGUUCUACACGAAUACUCAUUAGUCAUUCUGGAGAUGGACUUGCUGUCUGGAACCUACCUCUUGGCAGUCUUGUUGGCCUGCAUUGUAUUCCAAUCUGGCGCACAGGAGAAGAAUUACACCGUGCGGGAAGAACUGCCUGAAAAUGUCCUCAUUGGCAAUCUGCUCAAGGAUCUCAACCUAACGCUGGACCCGGACGUGCCCCUGUCCUCCCCGCUGCAGUUCAAGCUCGUCUACAAGACUGGGGAUGUGCCCCUGGUGAGGGUGGAGGAGAACACUGGGGAGAUCUUCACGGCUGCCAACCGCAUCGACCGCGAGAAGCUGUGCGCCGGCAUCUUCAGCGAGAACCGCUGCUUCUACGAGGUGGAGGUGGCUGUUCUGCCCGACGAGGUUUUCAGACUCGUCAAGAUCAGGUUCCUAAUUGAGGAUAUAAAUGACAACGCCCCCCUUUUCCCCUCAACAGUUAUUAACAUCUCUAUCCCUGAGAACACAGCCAUUAAUUCCCGCUACUCUGUCCCGUCUGCCAUCGACCCAGACAUCGGGGUGAAUGGUAUCCAGCAUUAUGAGCUCCUCAAGCCCAAAACAGCUCCGAAAAGGACAUUUGGACCCAUUACAAAUGACCAGGGUCAAAAUGUAUUUGGUCUUGACAUAACUGAGACACCUGAGGGAGAUAAGUGGCCUCAACUGAUUGUCCAGCAGAUCCUGGAUAGGGAGCAGAAGGACACCUAUGUGAUGAAAAUCAAAGUUGAGGAUGGUGGGAGCCCCCCGAGGUCCAGCACUGCCAUCCUGCAGGUCACAGUGACCGAUGUCAACGACAACCGCCCGGUGUUCAAAGAGAACGACAUCGAGGUCAGCGUGCCAGAAAAUGCCCCAGUGGGCACCUCUGUCUCCCAGCUCCAUGCCACCGACGCAGACCUGGGCUCAAAUGCACAGAUCCACUUCUAUUUCAGCAAUCAGAUCUCCAGCCUGGCCAAAAGGCUCUUUGCCAUCGAUAACACCACUGGCCUCAUCACCAUCAGGGAACCACUGGACAGGGAGGAAUCUCCUGUGCACAAAUUAACUGUUUUGGCAAGCGAUGGCAGCUCAACGCCAUCAAGAGCAACAGUGACUGUUAAUGUCACAGAUAUUAAUGACAAUGUCCCAUCUAUAGACACGAGGUACAUCAUCAAUCCGGUGAAUGGGACGGUGCUUUUGUCUGAGAAGGCUCCCCUUAAUACAAAAAUUGCGUUGAUAACAGUGAUGGACAAGGACGCUGAUCAGAAUGGGAAAGUUACCUGUUUUACAGACCACGAUGUCCCUUUCAGGCUAAAACCAGUGUUUGAUAAUCAGUUUCUCCUGGAGACAGCCACGUUUCUAGACUAUGAAGCGACACGGGAAUAUGCCAUCAAAAUUGUGGCUUCGGAUUCGGGGAAGCCUCCCUUAAACCAGUCUGCAAUGCUCCUGAUCAAAAUUAAAGAUGAAAAUGACAAUGCCCCAGUUUUCACACAGCCUAUCAUAGGUCUUUCCAUCCCUGAAAACAACGCUCCUGGUACUCAGCUAACCAAGAUCAGUGCUACGGAUGCCGACAGCGGGCGGAAUGCUGAGAUCAGCUACAUCCUGGGUUCCGAUGCGCCCCCAAUAUUCAACCUGGACCGCCGUACAGGCAUCCUGACAGCAGUGAGAAAGCUGGACAGAGAAAAGCAAGACAGGUACUCUUUCACUGUGCUGGCUAAGGAUAAUGGGAUGCCACCUUUGCAGACCAAUGCUACCGUGACGGUGUCGGUGCUGGACCAGAAUGAUAACAGCCCUGCUUUCACACAUAAUGAAUAUAAUUUCUAUGUGCCAGAAAACCUGCCCAUGUAUGGCACAGUGGGGCUUAUCACAGUUACGGAUGCUGAUGCGGGAGACAACGCUGCGGUCACUCUCUCUAUCUUAAAUGGUAGAGAUAAUUUCAUUAUAGAUCCACUUACUGGUGUAAUAAGACCUAAUAUAACCUUUGAUAGGGAGCAGCAGGGGUCAUACACUUUCCAGGUGAAAGCAGUGGAUGGAGGAAGACUGCAGCGUUCCUCAACUGCCAAAGUGACCAUCAAUGUUGUUGAUGUAAAUGAUAACAGGCCUGUUUUUGUUAUUCCCUCAUCUAAUUAUUCCUAUGAGUUGGUCCCAACGUCAGCCAGCCCAGGUUCUGUAGUUACUAAAGUCUUUGCAGUUGAUAAUGACACGGGAAUGAACGCAGAGCUCCGCUAUAGCAUCAUAGGUGGGAACUCCAGGGGCUUGUUUACCAUUGACCAAUUAACAGGCAAUAUUACUUUGAAAGAGAAGGUGAUUACAUCAGAUCAUGGCUUGCACAGACUGGUGAUCAAAGUGAAUGACCUGGGACAGCCGGAGUCUCUUUACACGAUAGCUCUUGUGCACUUGUUUGUGAACGAGACGGUCACCAACAGCUCCUAUGUGCAAGAGUUGGUGCGUAGGAAUAUGGAAACUCCAGUUGGCCAGAACAUUGGGGAUGGUGAGAUAACCCCACAGACCAAUGAUUAUGUCAAGAUCAUCAUUGCCAUUAUUGCAGGCACCAUGACAGUUAUUCUGGUAAUUUUUGUUACCGCUUUAGUCCGGUGCCGCCAGACGCCCAGGCACAAGGUUGUCCAAAAAAAUAAGCAGAGUGGUGAAUGGGUUUCCCCCAACCAAGAGAAUAGGCAGAUCAAGAAAAAGAAGAAGAAGAAGAAGCGCUCUCCAAAAAGUCUCCUCCUCAACUUUGUGACUAUUGAAGAAUCUAAGCCUGAUGACCCUGGCCACGAGCACAUAAAUGGCACUUUAGACAUUCCCGUAGAGCUAGAAGAACAGACUAUGGGAAAGUAUAACUGGGCCACCACACCAACCACAUUUAAACCUGAUAGCCCAGACUUAGCAAAGCACUACAAGUCUGCUUCUCCGCAGCCUACCUUUCAAAUUAAACCCGAGACUCCUGUACCCCCCAAGAAGCACCAUGUCAUUCAGGAAUUGCCUCUAGAUAACACCUUUGUGGUGGGCUGUGACUCACUUUCCAAGUGUUCAUCCAGCAGCUCGGACCCUUACAGUGUUUCUGAAUGCAGCUGUCAAGGAGGCUUCAAGACCCCAGGCCCCAUACACACCAGACAGCACACAAAGGAAGUGGGAAGGCCACAAACUCCUUUGAAAGAAACAACCUUGGAGCCCUGGACUCAGCCACAGCCCCAGCGCCGUGUCACGUUCCACCUGCCAGAUGGCUCCCAGGAAAGCUGCAGUGACAGUGGGCUCGGAGACCACGAGCCCACGAGCGGGGCCAGCACGUCCCACCCGCUGCCCCUGGGCUUCCCCCAGGACGAGUUCUACGAGCAGGCGUCCCCCAACAGCCGCACGGAGGGCGACGGCAACUCGGACCCCGAGUCCACUAUCGAAGUGAAUCUGCAGAAAGCUCUGGCCGAAGCCUCUGAAAACUGCACGCAGGAGUGUCUGAUCCUCGGCCACUCCGACAACUGCUGGAUGCCGCCGGCUCUGACGCAGUUCCAGCAGCCCAACACCUCUUUGCCAUCGUUUGGCUUCCAGCAAGGCUGGGGCCGAGGAGCCAGACCUGAGGGACGGCACACUCUUGGGAGGCCCCUGCCAAAGGACGACAGUGACAAAGGCCAGGGGGGGCCCAGGCCCCAGUUCUACAACACCUGCGAAAGACAUUGCGCCAGCGAGGAUCCCGUCAAGGUCAUUCCUCUGGCAAACUUCGCCGCGUCCCACCAGGCACCGGGGCCUGGGAGCAACACCACGUUUAUACACGAGCACCAGCUGUAGAUGCGUAGCUGACAAAUCCCUAAUUCGAGGCUUUAAGAGUGACUGUGUAUAGUCACAGCCUAACGCCGUUGCUCGGGCGCGUACAAACUUGUUAGGCUUGUGAAUAUUUGUGUAUAUAGAAUCCUAAAUCUGAAACAGAAAAUCUAAAUCCUUAUUACCUGGUUGAAAGGUGUUUACCAUAGUUCUUGGUAAAAUCCAGAAAAUGGGGAAGAGAACCCACAACCCAGAAACAAUCAGAAGGAAAACAAAAUCCUGUUCAUUUUCUUACAUGGGCCAUGUAGUGCAAGUAUCUGCCAGCAGUUCUUCCUCCCUUUGAAGGCAAUUCCUUAGUACGGUUUGGGGAAUAUUGCAGUCUAAAAAUAGCUUACUCAAAUUUUUCUUUGUUGUUAUAAUUUAUAGCAUAUUCAUAGAUUUCAUCUUCCAUUUGCUUAGCAUUAGAGAUCAAGGGAGCAAUUCUCAUUUGAUUACUUGACAUAAUAGAAUUAAUAAGAUCCUAAAAUCUAAUUCUUUAGAAGGAUGGUAUAUCUUCCCACCAAAAUUUAUCUUUUAUAUAAUUAAGAAGGAAAAUGUAUGUGACAACUGAUUUUUAUUUUAAUUUUUAUUGGCUCAAUGUAUAGGUAUUUAUUCUCUGAAAGAAUGCGAUAGAUGAAAUAGAAAGAUCUCAACUAGGCUUUUCUGUGUGAAAUAAACAACACGACAGUAAGAGGAUAUGCAAGAUCAAAACUGGAAAAAAAUAAUAAACAACUCAAUUUUUUUAAUUUCCAAGAUUUUCCUUUCUAUAAUAAUUGAAGGAACAAUAUUCUACUUACUAUGUUUUUCAAGCCAUAAGUCUAUUUCUCUUUAGUUUUUUUUUCAUCUUGCAGAGCUUGCUUUGGCUACUGUUCCUGUUAGUUGAAAAUUACAUGGGCACUGCUGAAAACAGUAGGAAGUGGGGUAGUUUUUUUGGCUGAUGUGAUGUCGUGGCUGCAAGCUACCGGUGUUUUAAAGAAUAUUAUAGUGAUGUGUACGGCUUUUUUUACAGCUAUAUUCACCUCUUGUAAGUAUUCAGUAAAAGUUUAACUAUAAUAUUAGUUACUUCAUCACAAACCUGUGAGAUUAAGAAGUACUUGUCAUUGUGGAUUAGUUGUUAGAGAAUGACUGAUAGUGCUCAGCAAAGAAAGAAGGAUCUAGGUAAUGGGAGUUGGAUAAAUAUAAACACAAAUUAAUCAUAUUAUUUGAGAAAGUCUCAAGGUGAUUCUCUUUAAAGAGGAAGGAUUUUUUUCAGUGUUCUGUGUGCUGGAGAAUAUAUUCUCUUGGUAAAUUCCACAGUGGAUGGAAAGGAGAUUCCUUUCUUAGAUGAAAAAAACGUAUUUUCCUUCUAGUAUUUCCUUCUCAUACUUUGUUGGUCUUUAGCCAUUUCAUCAUUUGCAGUAUGUACAUGCCAAGAAUUUUUUUCCUUUAAGAAAAUGCAAACCUUUUUUGUUUUAUUGCUACAUUAAGUGAGACAAUCGAAGUUGUAUGGAGGGAAAAACAGUGUGUGAAUAUUUCCUAUGGGUAGAACUCUAUGUAGGCUUCAUAAUGUAACUUAAAUCUGUAAUUUAUAAACAAAACUGUGUGUAAAAAUGCUGUAAUAUUAGCUGCUUGUAAAAUUUACAGAAGUUCAAGUUGUUGAGGGUUUCCAAUUAAUGCUAAAAGAGCUUCUCUUAUGUGCCCAGCAGGUAUAAGUAGCUUUAUAUAUUGCUGUCCCCACUGUAAAUCUAUUCCAACCACAUUUAGAUUUUAUGUGCAAAAUAAAAAAAUAAAAAAAAAAAAAAAAAAACCAAACUUCACUUUUAACCUACUGAUAGGGUUUGAUUAAUGGACAUCAGAUUAUCUAAUGAUGUACUUCUUUUGCUUUCUUUUGUUUUUUUAAGUAGUUUUCAAUAACGUUUAGAAAAGAUGUGGCACAUUGGCUUCCAGUUGCAUGUAAAUCCUGGAAAAAAAAUUAUAAUCCUUUGGGUACUGACACACAAUUGCUGAGACAUCUCAUUUCUAAUUCCAGGACAAUUAAAAAGUUGACAAAUUAAUUCAUACCUAAUGUAUACAAAGCCCUUUGUUGUUUGCUUUGGAGGCAUCACGAGGAGAGAAUUCGGCAGUUCUUUUCAGGGAUAUGCAAAAACUAAGCUUAUCUGUAGUUUACACAGAUUUACCAAACAUCCUAAUUGUGCAAAUUGAGAAUAAUGCUGACAGUAAUGCCUUCCUAUUGUAAGCAGAGGUCUUCAGUUUUUAUUACAGAGCACUGCUAUACCCAAUGUUUAAGGAAUUGGCGUCUCCAUUGGAAAACUCUCCUUUUUUUUUUUUUUUUUAUUUUGCCUGCAACAGUUCUUUUGGGGAUGAAAAUUGUUGCUGAAAUUUUCUGGCAAGGAAUAAAUUUCUACAAUAUUAGGAUUUUUAUAUUUUAUAGGAGAAAGUGAAGGAUCCAGAAUUGGUGGGGUUUUUUCACUGGUAGGGGAAAAAACCCCAACAAACUUUGCUUUAUUUAAAUGUUAUGGGGCUCCUUUAGUUUUUUUCCCCUAAGGUGGAGAAGCACUUACCCAUCCCCCUUCCCUUGAAAACAAAUAAACAAAAACCCAACAAAACACCCAAACCAAACAACAAUAAAAAAAUACUUAAACAAAAUGCAUUAUAAAGAUGAGUCUGAUAUAAGAAAUAUUAAACAUUAUAUCCAUGAAAAUGUGUUUGAUAUUCUAAAAUUCAGUCAAGAAGAUGCAGAACAAUUAAUUGUAAAUACACAUUGUAUCAGGAGAUAAAUUGUUACCUCGUUUUUAUAUAUUAUGUAUAUAAUAUAUAAAAAUACACCUUUGAGGCGACAUUUCUGAGUAGCAUGUCAGUAUCCAGAGGAAUGAUGUUACUAGAGACUCUUUACACAUCUUGCCAUAUAUAUAAAUAAUUUAUCUAGUACAUAGACUGUAUAUUUUUGUGUAUUUUUUUUUUUAUUUUUUAGUCAUUUAACUUAUUUUAUCUUACUUGUGUGGAUUUGUGGAGAAAACAAUUCUAUAUACAAUAUACAGUAAAAUGCUAGUUACAUGAUUAGAUUUGUUCCAUACGGUGUAACAAUAAAGGAAAACCUUUGCCUUCAAAGUGAUGUGUCACACAGUCUAGUCUAGAUUAUUUCCCCCUCUAACUCAUGCUUGUUGCACUCCUGAGCAUCAAAGUUACGGGUAGCACUGGCAAAAAGGAUUAUUUCCGUAUUGUAAAGCAGUCGCUGCUAAAAUAAAAAACAAACAAAUAAAAAAAAAAAAAACCAAAAAAACAGUUAAAAGAAAGAAUCGAGUCAAAAUGUUUGAAGUAAAAGAUGCUGUUUCUUUGUUUUCCUGAGCUGUGCUGUAUUCUGAAGCGUAACUUAAUUCUAAAGAAUAAUUAGGCCUGUCUGCCUGGCCAGACAGAGACUGCAGAGCACCUGCUCUCCCCGGGCCGGGAGCUGGCCAGAUGCAGGUCAUUUAGCUAAUUAGCAUGGCAAUGAGCCCGUGCUAAUAGGGCCUGAGGAUUUAUGAAAGUUAGCACGAGGCAGCUCGACACAGCAUCGGUUCUGUGGUGUUGAGCCCAGCCAGGGCUCUGGCUGGAGCAGAGCAGUCCCUUUGCAUCCUUGACCCUGGUGCGCCUGGAUCUGCUGGGGAUUUUUGUCAGAGAAGGGAAACUUGGCUCUGUUGUAUCCUGACCAAGCUGUGGUCCACAGGGAACUCCAUCAGCCCAAACCACCACUACCCCCCUGCUUCCCACAUGGUCGAGCCAAAGGCAGACACCUAAAUGUUUCCAUUGGUAAUGGCUGAGGAGCUCAAGGUCGUUUGAGUCAAGCUGACAAAGUCUUUAAAGUUGGAAAAUUUAGGCUUGGUUUUAUUUGAUUUCUCAUGUUUUCCUUUUGCAGGUUUAAUACCGACCCUUAAUCAAUGAUAAGCAAUUAAAUGAUCACACUGCAGCUUGCUACCCUCAUUUAGCUGGGUAAAUAAACGGGAAGGAAUUGGUUUGUGCAGACACAAAGUAAAGUUGAAGGCAAAGAUUUUAUUUGGUAUACAUAGGAAAAUUGUGUAUAACUUAUGUUAUCCCUAGUGAAGAAAGAGAUUGACGAUUUCUUGUAAAUAUUUGAGUUUGUAUUUCUGGGAAAUCUCCCUGCUCUAUGGCAUACUACAGGAUCUGAGAGUGAGCAGUGUAUGUCUAUGUAUUGAAACAGCCCUAACCACACUACAAGUAAUGCAGCUGGACAUCAUAUGCUACAGUCCAGCAGCAUUUAAAGUCCAGUAAAUUUGCAGUAGUUCUAUUUCAGGUUUCUGUACAGCAUGUUGUCUUGUUAAUUACAAUGCUUAUUAAUAAACUAGAUCCACAAAAGCA